ACAAGAUUUAGGGUAUUACGCAGUUAUAUACGAUAUGCAAUAUAUGACGCUUCUUGCGGCAUCAUUGUUUGCGGGGUAAUAUUGGCAAUGCAAUCAUCAAACCUGGGUGUAUUAGUGAAUUAUGAGAGCUACAUAAAAUUUGCAUAAUUAGUUAAGAAGACUCAAGAUGUCCGGAAUGUUAUGGGAAGCAGACAAGCAGCCGAAUAUCUGCGAAGCAGCUUCAGGAUUCACCUUCUCUACCAUCAAUCUACUGAUCGCUAUCCCUAUGUUCCUCUUGGAUCUUGUGAUCACCACUCUCUCAUCCAUCCUCUCCCUUACCUACCUCGCCCUCAACCCCCUGCUGGAGUACAGUCUGGAGUUCCUGGGAGUUGUGUGUGAACUUCUGGGAAUAGAUUCAGUUCCCUCGAACUUGAGUAUAGUUAUGAGCCUGCUAGCCUGUGGUCUGGUGUAUAGAGUAUACCAGGAGGUUGGACCUAGUUCCGGGGGCUCCUGGCAGCAGGUUCUCAGUAAACUUAUCUACUAUUCAACCUGUGUUCUCUGGUUUAUGACGGUACUCCAGGUCACAAGGUUUGAAGCUGCAUCUUCUCCAGAGUUGAUUUAUAUUUAUUUCGCUGUAUCUGCUGCCUCUGAGAUGUUGAAUCUCUUCUUCAAGGAGUUAAAUAUGUUCAGGCAUGAUGUGAACAAGAGUGAGGUUCAGGUCUCGGGAGAGAAGUACGCCGACAUGAUCAAAUAUGAAAGCUUUUGGUUUCUACUUCUCUCUGCGUUUGGAGUUCCAACCUUAACCCAGGAGGAUUCUGCUUCUCAAUAUAUUUUCCUAGUUCCGGUUUUAGCUUUUGUUCUUAUGCUCCGGGAUGUUCAGAAAGCUGCUCCCCAACAACCUACUAUGAAUGGAGCUACUGUUAAAGAAACAGUUCUUGAUAAUGUGUCCGAACCAGUUGAACCGAUUGAAGUAGAGAAACCAGUAGAAGAACCUAAAGCUGAAACUAUUAUUGAAGAACCAGCAGCCAAAGAGUUUGAUACAGCAGCAGAGACUGAAACUGAACCUGAACCUGUCAUUCCAGUUGUUCCUAGUGCAGAACCCGAGGAACCUGCUGCUGAUGCCCCAGAUUCUAUGAAUGUAACUAAAGUUGAAGCAAAGGAUGAUCUUGUUGUUGCUAAACUGGUUUGUAUGCUGACCAGCCUGGUCGGAAACCUGGUGAACAAGGUUAAAGUUGUGUUCAACCCUGUCAUGAACCUGACAGUGAAGUGUGUUGGUAUUGUGAGUAAUCUACCCUGGUGUGCAUGCAUAACCACGACCAUUAACAAUGGCUCAUUCAUCCUCGCUGCCCUCGCCUGGUUCCAGAUGACAGGGAACCAGCUCUCUCUUCUCCUCCCUCUCCUCUCCCUCAUACUACCCGCCCUUAUAGAGCAGGUUGGAACCAGGAUACCAUCUCCUUACAGAGGAUUGGCAAAAGAAGUUGUUUUCGCUGGAACAGUUCUAACAGAGUACGCUCUCGUCACAGGGAGUUUAAUCCUCUAAUGUGGAAAAAUCUGUACAGGGAGUUUAAUCCUCUAACAUGGAAUAUUCUGUACAGGGAGUUUAAUCCUCUAACAUGGAAUAUUCUGUACAGGGAGCUUAAUCCUCUAACAUGGAAUAUUCUGUACAGGGAGUAUAAUCCUCUAAAUAUGGAAUAUUCUGUACAAAGAGUUUAAUCCUCUAACAUGGAAUAGUCUGUACAAGGAGUUUAAUCCUCUGAACAUGGAAUAUUCUGUACAGGGAGUAUAAUCCUCUAAAUAUGGAAUAUUCUGUACAUGGAGUUUAAUCCUCUAAAUAUGGAAUAUUCUGUACAGGGAGUUUAAUCCUCUAAAUAUGGAAUAUUCUGUACAGGGAGUUUAAUCUUCUAACAUGGAAUAUUCUGUACAGGGAGUUUAAUCCUCAAAAUAUGGAAUAUUCUGUACAAGGAGUUUAAUCCUCUGAACCUGAAAAACUUUAAACAAAGAGUUUAAUUUUGUUUUAAAAACUCUAAUGACAAGGAGAAAUUUUUGAGUCUGCUACAAUUCUCUAUUGCUCUAAAGUCUUAGACUGCAUCUGUAUCAAAGUACAAAAAUUAUCUAAUCAAAAUAUAUUUACCCAUUGAUUGACAUUAUGUAUAGUUGAAAAUAUCUUAGAAAAUCGCAAACUAACUUAAGUAAUGAAAUCUGAAAAUAAAAUUUAAUUUCAGAUCAAAUUCUCCGAAAGUAUUGCGAUAUUUUUCUAUGAUGUUCCAAUUAUGUAACGGCUUUAAAUGCCUUUUAUGCUAUCAGUACCUUCACCUAAUAAGAUGAAUCUACUUCUGUAGAAAACCAAAUACGUCUUUCUCUAAACAAUUAUCAGUUAUGACAAAGAAUAUUAAUUAUUUUCAAGAUUUAUUCAAAAUUUUUUUAGUUCAUAUAAUUUGUUCACAAACAUUGAUAAUGAAUAUUCUUCAUGAUUUUUUAAUUCUCCUGCCAAAAAGUAACAAAUAUUUUUAGAUCUCUUAUCUUCUAAUAAUCUCUGAAAGUACAAAGUAAAGUCUAACCAUUAAACCAAAGUAUGUUUUGAAACACUACAAAGUAUGCAACAAAAAGUACAAAUUUUUCAUCGUAUAUAAAAAAUGUAUUAAAAAUGCUCAGUUUCUUGUUUAUAGUUUUCAAAAAAGUUAAAUGUAGUCUAGUAUUUUGAGAUCUAUCACAUUUUUUUUUAAAUCAACUCAUAUCAAGAUGAGUUUAUUUCAAUCUUUGACUUUUUUUAUUAAUGAAAGUCCGCAGGAUUUAUGUUAUUCAUGAUAGUUGUUACUCCAUAAGUGUGUUUGUCAAGAUGAUUGAAAUUAGGUCAGAAUAGUUCAGUUUAGGUCAGAAUAGUCCAGGUUAGGUCAGAAUAGUUCAGUUUAGGUCAGAAUAGUUCAGGUUAGGUCAGAAUAGUUCAGGUUAGGUCAGAAUAGUUCAGGCUAGGUCACGAAAAAAAAGUUCAGGUUAGACCAUGUUAGAAGAGAAACGUGCUGACUGCUGAUCAAAUGGAAAAGAUAGGGAUAGAUAUUGUUGGUUUGCUAAAAAUUAAGCAUAGCAUAAAUUUCUGCGAUACAUCUUAAUUCUCAUUAAAUAUUGUAUGAAUUUUUUUAAAUAAACGAUUUUUAAAAAGCA